UAACACUGCAUUACAAUAAGAAAAAAAGACCUGGUGCUGAAAAAAAGAAUAAGAUUAGUGCUGUUAAAGUCAAUGAGCUGUCAAAAUAGGCUAGAUGUUCUGCAGACCCUGUUCACACAACAUAGCUGACUGAAGAAAAAUGUAAAAUAUUAUUUACCUUACCAUAAACUGACUUUAAUAUUGUUUCAUUUGAUUUUAAAUAAUAUGCUCAACUGUGUGCCAAAACUGGGGAUCAAGCUGUAACGUAACAACAAUUCAACUCACGAGUUUUACUUUAAUCUGUGUAACGUUUUCUAACUUGGAGACCCAAAACAGGCUAUGUUAGCUUAACUUUAACAGCAAUGAGUAAAGAAAUUGGCGGUCCGACCCUUCGUGUUUUCAGCCUAAGAGCAAUAUCGAGGCACAGAUAACUUAACCACCUCAACUGCUAUACCAAAAUAAAUCCUUGAGGGUUUUAUUUAUGUUGUUUUUAACCUGUUUGAGCUUCAGUCAAUAUUAGCUAAUAUGCCUGUUAGCUAAUGCACUAUAAGCUAACAGGAAGUUCGGAGGAUCCAGUGCAGGUCAUCUACCCCCGAGCAAGACAACCAGAAUGUCCCCAGGGUGUAAUUACAGAAAAUCCCAGUAAGGAAUGUAAUGACAGUUCCCAAGAGGUUAAAAACACCACUGAAAAAAUGACAUCAGGCAUGAGUUGGGACACUUGGAUUAUGGAGCUUCUGGACCAAGAGAGUGGAUGUGAGCAUGUGUUUAACAACGUAGUGAAACAUUUGGGCAGUGGAAAAAUAAUAGAAAAUAAAAUUCAGACUACAGACGGCUUCAGGUUUCCAUACAUCGGAAACAGCUGCUGCAUCUGUAAUUCUGUCCAUCCUAAGGAGAGUCAACACUCUACAUCAGAUCCUUGGCUCACCUAUAAUGACGCACAGGUGCUGCACACAACUGGAUCUGCAGCUUGUGAGGAACAGCAGCACUCAGCCUACAUCCUGUUUUACAAGAGAAACCUGUAGAUUUGGAUGGAGGAUGAAGACAGCAGAGACCAAAAGAAAAAGUUGAACUUUUGCAAAGCUGAGAAGAUUUUCACUGCGAUCACAUUAAGUCCAAAAAUGUUUAAACUUCUUUUUCACAGAAAGAAAUCACACAAACAAAACGUGGCAGAGAAGGAAAUUCCUUCUACAUCUCAUCAGAGCAUCCCGGAUGCUUGUGUUGCUGCCACACCACCUAAGCCUGAAAAUGGUCAAAAGAAGAAUAGAAAAUGGAGACGCUUCUGCUGUUCCUCGCAAACUGACAGCAAUGCAGAGACCAACACUGUAAAGACACAAAAAAAGUGUCGCUGGUUUCUUUUUAAAUUCUGGAAGAAAUUACACAAACAAAACGUGGCAGAGAAGGAAAUUCCUUCUACGUCUCAUCAGAGCAUCCCGGAUGCUUGUGUUGCUGCCACACCACCUAAGCCUGAAAAUGGUCAAAAGAAGAAGAGAAAAUGGAAACACUUCUUCUGCUGUUCCUCGCAAACUGACAGCGAUGCAGAGACCAACACUGUAAAGACACAAAAAAGGUCUUGCUGGUCUCCUUUUAAAUCCGGGAAGGUAAAAAGCACCACGGAAAAGAUCCCAGCAGACCUGAGUUGGGACACUUUGAUUAUGGAGCUUCUGGACCAAGAGAGUGGAUGGGAGCAAGUGUUUAACAGUGUAGCAUGCGGUGGAAAAACAAUAGAAACUCAAACUGAGACUACAGACUGCUUCGGGUUUCCAAACAUCGGAAACACCUGCUACAUGAACUCCUGCCUGCAGAGCCUCCUCAACAUUGAGGAGUUCAUUAGAGACAUCAGGCGUCAGGAGGUUUUGUGGAGCGCAGACCCAGAAGCUCAGCUCUUAAGAAGGCUCAUUGAUGUCAGGGACUGUCAUCAGUCAACAGAUUAUGGCCUUAAAGAUCACCACCUAAGAUCUUUUAAGAAGGCAUUCAGCAAUCAAGCUCCUGAAUACACCGGCAGUGCACAGAAAGAUGCUCAUGAAUUCCUAACAUUGUUCCUCAAUGAGGUCAAAAGGCUCACACCUCACCUGGAGAGGAACGCAGCUCUCCUGGGCCAAAGUUAUACCUGCCCAGUAGAAGACCAUCACAUUUUUAAAAUGGAAAACACGAGGACAUGCAAGAGCUGCGGUCACCAAUCAUCACAGCAAGAGGAAUUCACCAGCUUGUCUCUUGACCUGGUUCCAGAGGGCUCUGUUAUAAAUAUGUUAGAGACAUACUUGAAGGAACAAAAAAUAGAAUUUCGCUGUGAUUGUGGAGGGACGACCUCAGAACUGAAGUCGUCUUUUGAUACACUGCCAAGAGUUCUCAUCUUGCAUCUGAAGAGGUUUGGCUUUACACAAACCUACAAGAUUCAGAAGGUGGAUGACCCCGUCAGGCUGCAGAGGGACUUGGUGGUGCCAUCCAAUCAGGGUGGUGGCUGUUACAGUCUUGUCAGCAUCAUUAGCCAUUAUGGAGGCACAGAGUCAGGACACUACAUCUGUAAUUCUGUCCAUCCUGAGGAGAGUCAGCACUCUACAUCAGAUCGCUGGCUCACCUAUAAUGACGCACAGGUGCUCCACACAACUGGAUCUGCAGCUUGUGAGGAACAGCAGCACUCGGCCUACAUCCUGUUUUACAAGAGAAACUUCUGAAACAGGAAAUGGAAGGAAGGAAGUUAAGGUCAUCAUCAUGCUGAGAAGGAACAACAGUUGUCCCAGCCCACCAUCGCACACUCGAGGACAAGUAAGUAUUGCCUUCAGGAGGAAGGGUCCUCCCAGAGAGCCUGGUUCCUCCCAAGAUUUCUUCCUCCAGGAGGGAGUUUUUUCUUGCCACCGUCGCCCCACAUUCACUGGUCUCAUCAGCAGGGACGUUUUUAACCUCCUAAGACCUGAACUCUUUCGUGGCAUGCAUUUUUAAUUUCUCUGUGCCAUUUGGGUUGAUUGGGAC